AUGGUCCGUCUUGCUCGUGUGGAAUAUUUGGGCGAAACAGUGUUGGCAGCUCAGUUAAAAGAUAACGGAGAUUAUUGUGACUUGUCUUCCAUUGCCAAAGAUGUUCCCGCAUUCUUUGCCUUAUUAUCAUUGUUGUCCACCACCACCAGCACAAUAAUGAUGGAACAACAACAAAGUGUGAGGGAUUUGAUUGCAGGAAAAAGAAGUGACAAGCUUCGAAUCAUCCCAGCUAGACACUGCAAGUUAUUGGCGCCAUUGGACAAAAUGCAAGUCAACAAAUUGAUUGGGAUUGGAAUGAAUUACUUUGACGUUUGCAAAGAACUCAACAAACCAAUUCCAACAGAACCAAUGGUAUUUUCCAAAUUUGGUUCUUGCAUUGUCGGAACGGGGGAUCCAAUUCCGACAUGUCAAAGCAUCACCCAGAAAUUGGAUUACGAAGCCGAAUUGGGUGUUGUCAUUGGCAAGGUCGUUCCGCGGAAUGCCUCUUUGGAAGUUGCCAGACAAUGCAUUGGAGGCUUCACGGUAGUCCAUGAUGUCUCUGCAAGGGACUGGCAACUAGAAAAAAAUGGUGGACAGUGGUUGUUGGGAAAGGCGGGCGAUGGGUACGCUCCCAUUGGGCCCGUCAUUGUGACAACUGACGAGAUGCCCUUGGAAAUGGCACAAAAUGCAAACAUUCAAUGCCGGGUCAAUGGAGAAACCUUGCAAAAUUCAAAUACCAAAAAUCUAGUGCACAAGGUGGACGAUAUAAUAUCCUUCUUGUCCAAAUUCAUGACCUUGUAUCCGGGGGACGUCAUUUGCACUGGGACUCCACCAGGGGUCGGUUGUUUUCGAAAACCUCCGCGAUGGUUGGUUCCGGGAGAUGUGGUGGAAUGUGAAAUUGAUGGAAUUGGAACCAUUGUGAACCCUGUGGUUCAACUGGAAGGAGGAUCAUCAGCAGCAGAGGGAGAAGCAACAACCAUGAUGCAAUCAAAACUAUAA